AGGGGGGGGGCGAGCGGUGGGGCUGCUGGAAGAUGGCGAGCGGCGGCGGGCUGGUCCUGGUCCUGGUUCUGGUGCUGGUCCCGGUGCUGCUGCUGCCGGGCCCGGCCUCGGCGGCCCACAUCAAGAAGGCGGAAGCGGCGGCGGCGGCGGCGGCGGCGGCGGCGGCGGAGGAGGAGCUCUUCGACCGCUACUACCACGAAGCGGAGCUGGGCCGGGCGCUGCGGGCGGCGGCGGCGGCGGGGCCCCCGGGCCUGGGCCGCCUGUUCAGCAUCGGCCGCUCGGUGGAGGGGCGGCCGCUCUGGGUGCUGCGCCUGACGGCCGGGCUGGGGCCGCCCGCGCCCCCGGGGGGAGCCUCCCCGGAGCCCCCCCCGACCCCCGAGGCGGCGGGGCCGCUGAUCCCGGGCCGGCCCCAGGUGAAGCUGGUGGGCAACAUGCACGGCGACGAGACGGUGUCGCGCCAGGUGCUGGUCUACCUGGCCCGCGAGCUGGCGGCCGGCUACGGCCGCGGGGACCCGCGCCUCACCCGCCUCCUCAACACCACCGACGUCUACCUGCUGCCCAGCCUCAACCCCGACGGCUUCGAGCGCGCCCGGGAGGGGGACUGCGGCGGCGGAGGCGGCGGCGGCGGCGGCGGAGCGGCGGGAGCGGGAGGAGGAGGGGGCCGCGACAACAGCCGCGGCCGCGACCUCAACCGCAGCUUCCCCGACCAGUUCGGCAGCGGCGGCCCCCCCGACCUGGCCGACGUGCCCGAGGUGCGAGCCCUCAUCCGCUGGAUCCGACGCAACAAAUUUGUGCUCUCCGGAAACCUGCAUGGUGGCUCGGUGGUAGCAAGCUAUCCUUUCGAUGAUUCGCCAGAGCAUAAAGCCACCGGAUUCUACAGCAGAUCCUCAGACGACGAAGUCUUUAAAUAUCUGGCAAAAGCCUAUGCUUCAAACCACCCUAUAAUGAAAACUGGUGCUCCACACUGCCCAGGAGAGGAAGAUGAGACUUUCAAAGAUGGGAUCACCAAUGGAGCUCAUUGGUAUGAUGUAGAAGGUGGCAUGCAGGAUUACAACUACGUGUGGGCCAACUGCUUUGAAAUCACCCUGGAACUCUCCUGCUGUAAAUACCCUCCUGCUUCUCAACUUCGGCAGGAGUGGGAGAACAAUCGAGAAUCUCUAAUUACAUUGAUUGAAAAGGUCCACAUUGGAGUAAAAGGAUUUGUUAGGGACUCUGUCACCGGAUCUGGCCUGGAGAAUGCAACCAUCAUGGUAGCAGGUAUUAACCAUAACAUCACAACAGGCAGAUUUGGGGACUUCCAUAGAUUACUCGUGCCUGGAACCUACAACCUCACAGCAGAUUUAACUGGUUAUAUGUCAAUGACUGUGGAUAACAUUGUGGUGACCGAAGGACCAGCAAAAGAAGUGGACUUCUCCUUGAGGCCCACAGUGUUUGUGCCAAUCCCGGACCCCACUCAGGCAGUGACAACUAGCACCAUUUCUAUCACUAAUGCUCCUGCAACAACCUUGUUCCACCAGCAAAUUCAGCCUAAAGACUUUCACCACCACCACUUCCCUGACAUGGAAAUCUUUCUGAGGAGGUUUGCCAAUGAUUAUCCAAAUAUCACACGGCUCUAUUCACUAGGAAAAUCAGUGGAGUUAAGAGAGCUUUAUGUCAUGGAGAUAUCCGACAAUCCAGGCGUCCAUGAACCAGGUGAACCCGAGUUUAAGUACAUUGGCAAUAUGCAUGGCAAUGAGGUGGUAGGAAGAGAAUUGCUCCUGAAUCUCAUCGAAUAUCUCUGUAAAAACUAUGGGACAGACCCCGAAGUGACAGAAUUGGUCCAAAACACAAGAAUUCACCUUAUGCCGUCCAUGAACCCUGAUGGGUAUGAGAAGUCCCAGGAAGGGGACCAAGCAAGUGUGGUUGGUAGAAACAACAGUAACAACUUUGACCUGAACCGAAAUUUCCCAGACCAGUUCUUUCAAGUCACUGACCCUCCACAGCCGGAGACAAUUGCUGUAAUGAGCUGGUUGAAGACCUAUCCAUUUGUGCUCUCAGCAAACUUGCAUGGAGGAUCUUUGGUUGUGAACUAUCCCUACGAUGAUGAUGAACAAGGAAUAGCUUUAUACAGCAAGUCACCAGAUGAUGCUGUAUUCCAACAAAUUGCACUGUCCUAUUCCAAGGAAAAUGCCCAGAUGUAUCAGGGGAGCCCCUGUAAGAGCAUGUAUCCAAAUGAAUAUUUUCCUCAUGGAAUCACCAAUGGAGCUCACUGGUACAAUGUCCCAGGUGGUAUGCAGGACUGGAACUACUUGAACACAAAUUGCUUUGAAGUGACUAUUGAGUUAGGUUGUGUGAAAUAUCCUUAUGAAAAGGAUUUGCCCAAGUUUUGGGAACAGAACCGUAGAUCUCUUCUGCAGUUCAUAAAGCAGGUUCAUCAGGGUGUCCGGGGAUUCGUGCUGGAUGCUUCAGAUGGCAGGGGCAUUUUAAACGCUACCAUCAGUGUCGCUGAAAUUAAUCAUCCUGUCACCACGUAUAAGGCUGGAGAUUACUGGCGCCUGCUAGUUCCUGGGAAUUACAAAAUCACAGCAUCUGCACGAGGGUAUAAUCCAGUCACAAAGAAUGUGACUGUAAGAAGUGAUGGUGCUGUACAAGUCAACUUCACACUUGUACCCUCGACAACAGAUGCGAAUAAUGAUGAAAAGAAGGGGAAAGCAUCUGUCUCAAACACCGAUGCAAGAGAUCCCACCACAAAAGAAUUUGAGACUUUAAUCAAAGAUCUUUCAGCUGAGAAUGGAUUGGAACACCUCUUGUUAAGCUCAUCCCCGAAUCUGGCUCUCUAUCGGUACCACUCUUAUAAAGAUUUGUCCGAGUUUCUCAGAGGACUGGUUAUGAACUACCCACAUAUUACAAAUCUCACUAAUUUGGGUCAAAGUGCUGAAUUCCGUCAAAUCUGGUCCCUGGAAAUCUCCAAUAAGCCCAAUGUAUCUGAGCCUGAAGAACCAAAGAUUCGAUUCGUUGCUGGUAUUCAUGGAAACGCUCCUGUUGGCACCGAACUGCUCUUGGCACUGGCUGAAUUUCUCUGCCUGAACUACAAAAAGAACCCAGCUGUUACCAAACUGAUUGACAGGACUAGAAUUGUAAUUGUGCCCUCGCUAAAUCCAGAUGGGCGUGAGCGAGCGCAAGAGAAGGACUGCACCUCGAAGAUAGGGCAGGCAAAUGCACAUGGCAAAGACCUGGACACAGACUUCCUGAGUAAUUCCUCACAAUCUGGUGGAAAGAGGCAACCGGAGACCAAAGCUAUCAUUGAGAACUUGAUUGAGAAACAGGACUUCAGUUUAUCUGUUGCUCUAGAUGGUGGUUCUGUGCUGGUCACCUAUCCAUAUGACAAGCCUGUUCAGACAGUGGAAAACAAAGAAACUCUAAAACAUUUGGCCUCUCUUUAUGCAAAUAACCACCCGUCCAUGCAUAUGGGUCAACCGGGCUGCCCAAAUAAAUCAGAUGAAAAUAUUCCAGGAGGAGUGAUUCGUGGAGCAGAAUGGCACAGUCACUUGGGCAGCAUGAAGGAUUACAGUGUCACGUAUGGCCACUGUCCAGAGAUCACAGUAUACACCAGCUGCUGUUACUUUCCCAGUGCAGGACAACUACCUACAUUGUGGGCAGAGAAUAAGAAAUCUCUCCUCAGCAUGUUAGUAGAGGUUCACAAAGGAGUGCGUGGAUUUGUUACCGAUAAGAGUGGAAAGCCAGUGUCCAAAGCAGUAAUUAUACUCAAUGAAGGAAUAAAAGUUCAUACAAAAGAAGGAGGGUAUUUCCAUGUGUUGUUGGCCCCAGGUUUUCAUAAUAUCAAUGCCAUAGCGGAUGGAUUCCAGGAACAGCAUACACAGGUCCUAGUUCGCCCUGAUGCAGCCAGCUCUGUGACCAUUACCUUUGACACGGACAACCGAAUAUUUGGCCUACCAAGGGAGCUUGUGGUGACUGUAGCAGGUGCUACGAUGUCUGCGCUGAUCCUGACCGCCUGCAUCAUCUGGUGCGUCUGCUCCAUCAAGUCCAACAGGCACAAGGACGGCUUCCAUCGGCUCCGGCAGCACCAUGACGAUUAUGAGGAUGAGAUUCGCAUGAUGUCAACUGGCUCCAAAAAAUCCCUCUUAAGCCACGAGUUCCAGGAUGAAACGGACACUGAAGAGGAAACGUUAUACUCCAGCAAACACUGAAAUACGCGCGUCGGCAUCUCUUCCCCCGCAUUCACACUAAGCAGAAGCGAGGCUCCCUGAUGGAGACCCAGCAGUAUUGGGGGCAUCUGUCCUGCUUCCAAAAGCUCUGGAAAGUUUUCCUAAAUGGGUAACCUCAAGGAAUAUUGGUGGCAAUUCUGAACUUCUUUUCUAAGACCUCUCAUCUUUUGUAUUCUAUUCCUAUGUGAGAAUAGGGCAGGAGGCAGCAGAGGUGAUGUAGCUUUUUUUAAAUUUUUUUUUCCCCACUUUAAGGUCAGCUGUUUGGAGCUCAUAUUGUGACUGCCCAAAGCCAACUGGUAGAUGUCGUAUGGGCACGUCGUGUUACUAGUGGCAUUUGCUUGUCUAUUUUUUUACAAAUAUUUUAUUUAAAUGGCUAAGAGAAUCCAGAAACCUUGAUGCGGGGAAGGUGGCUUGAAUCUGUGGCAUUAAGCUUUAAAACUCUAGAUCUCUCUCAACCUACUGAGGGGACUGUGAUGACUCAGGCGCAGAGAACAGGGGUUUCUUCGAUUCAAGUGAAACAAGUUGACUCGAGUUGUGGGUGAACAGCAUUAGGAAGGGAACGAGGAGCCUCUGUGUCUCGCGCUCUGCCUGUUCUAAGGCUGUUUAGGAGCUGUCAUGCUGUACUCUGAGGUGGCACCAUACUACCUCUUAUUAGGCUUAGCACAGUGCUGAAUCUCCCAAUUUUCAGGGAGUACUUGCAGGUCUCCCGGGGAAAGUGGUGUUGCAGAGAGAUGAGAGGAGACCUAGCAACAGCUAACUCUAUGCAUAUAUUUUACCUUAAACUCGACAGAGGCCUGCUGCUGCAGUUUUUGAACUUCUGCUUCCAAAAAAAACAAUGCUAGGCUGUUUUCUGAAUUGGAAUUCUCAUAGGCUGUGCAACCUUAUUGCUUCAGGUGAUGCACCUAUUCACCAUACUACAUUUUUCUGAUAGAAUUCAGAAAUAAAGGCUAAAGAGAUCUAAUCGCACAUUAUUUAACCAUUAUGCAGACCAGGGGGAUCUAGAGAUCGUGCUCCAACAUUAGCCGAGUAACAGCCUUAUGUGGUAACUCACUAAUCCUCAUUCUCUCAGAGAUGAGCAAUCUGACCUAUCUCAGACACACCGAACUGGAUAAAUGAAUGAAUUCUUUCACCCACUGAUUCUGUGGCCAACUUUUCUGACUGACUUUUAGCUAGACAAAACUUGUAUUAAAUGUGGCCGCCUCCUAGUAAGCUAAAGACAGCUCGUAAGGCAUCACUGUAGUGCACUGUGGCGGUUUUCGCUUCCUGAUUGUCAUUCAAAAUGCCUGAAGGGUUUGAGUUUUAUCACAUCUGUUGACUUUCCCUGUUGAGAAAACGGCGAUGCGUUUGGUAAGUACGAUAUUUGGCCGCAGCCAUUCAGAGCGGUGCGAUAGCCCGGCUGCUACUGUCCUCCUUCGAGUCAGUGAUGGUUCUGAAACCUUGCCAAGCUUACCACCGCCUCUGCAGACCGCCCACUUGUCCAUUCCUCUUCGGCAUCCCAAAGGCCCCUUGCGGAGGAGCUUGGCCAUUCUAAAUAACGGGGGCGUGGAAGGAUGCAUCUGAAGUGGUUUGGAAACAGCCAGCAUGGAGCCAUUGGGUUGGGUUGGUGAGAAGUCACUUUUACAUUUCAGUGGUUCUAGGCCCCUCGGUGCUGAUUAGAGAGGCUUCUACGGUCAGGGAUUUGUAGCGGGCCAUCAUGGAAAAGUAAUGAAACCUUUAUUUCCACCCCCCCACCUUUUUUGCUUCCCCCCAAUGAUUGGUGUUUCUGGGGGAAAGUCGACUGGCUUUACCGCUUUGUUCCAUCUGAAGCUGCUGGUCCUUGGGCAGGCAACCCUCAGAUUGGCUCCAGCACUUGGCUUCAGACUGCAAUCUGAUGACCAGUGGCAGGCUCCACUUGGUAAGUUGCAGCCGGGAAUGGAAUGCAGCGGGGCAGGCCCGAGGUUGGAGACGCAGCAGGCUUUUCUUUCUGAAAAUGGCGACCUCUGCAAGAUGCUAGGUUUUGAAUCCUAUUGAACUCAACAUCACUGCCUUAUCAUCACUCCUCACUGGCCAACAAGGGAAUGCCUUCCAGUCGACAGACACAUUAAUUGUAACGCUAUGGGACAAAUUGAAUUAUUUUGAGAAUUACUUCUGGAAGAUAAAUCAUAUCCAGCUGACAGGAUUGGGUUAGGAAGGAAUGGUGGAAAGUCUUCCCCCAUCCAUAAACAAUGUUUUAAAAACAAACAUUGUGCUCUAUAGCCUAGUCAAUCCCAGUUUGUAUUCCCCCAGUCUGAUAAAUGUAAUGACUGCAAAUCUAACAGGUCUUGUGUUCUGAGCCCUUGUUUGAUGUUUUGUGGGAGAAACAAAAGUGACCAUGUAAUACUGACAGCUACUCGUGUUUGGAGCUGUCAGGUGAAGUGCGUUACAGCCAGCGUUAAUUUGCCCUUAAGUUUUCACUGGAGACUAAAGAGCAUUACUGUAUUAAGAAAGUCGCCUAAAUUAAGUGUGCCUUUCCCUAUAAGGCAGAAGUCUUACCCAGAACUGGAGUAACCCUGUCCAGCAGGAGGGCAGAGUCCUAGGUCACUGGGCUGAACGUCAAAAGAUGGGUUGUGUGGAGUUUAGUGGGGAGGACAGACUUUAGGGAAUGCUAUCAUGUCAGAGACCAUCGGGGUAGGGAGGAGACCAGGUAGUGGUGAAACUGGGCGGCCCCAGUUUUCUCCCAUCCCCCAUGUAAAGUGUUGUCUAGCUUGAUGAUCGUCGGAUGCGUUCUGCAGUGUCCUCUGGGAUGAUCCAAUCCCCAGCCCUGCUCUUAACUAUGGUAAGUUUGGAGCCUACAUUUAUAAGGGCAGAAAUGACGAAGUAGAGACGAUUAAAACUGUGUGCAUAUGCUUUAAUGAGUAAACAUCUUCCAGUGAUGCAAAUUAAAUCAUUUUAAGAAAAGGAAAAACUCUCCUUCAGUUCAGUUUCUAAAGGGAUGAGAGGACUCUUUCCUAGUGAUGUGAGGGACUCGUGGAAACUCACUGAAAGGAAUUCUGCCUGGAACCUACUCAACCUUUGGAGGAGGAAAUGUUUCAUAUUUGGCCUGGUUGUUAUCAAUCAGAGAUUAUACCUGAAUAAGAUAUUAUUCCACCUGAAAAAAGGUAAAUGUGAUAUGUUGAACCUGUAAAUUGUGAUUUGGCAAAUAUGAAUAAAAACGGAGACUCUGCCAACA